AUGAUGAUGGAGACUCUGUACUCCACAUCGGGCUUCAACUCUGAAGCGAGCCUAUCGGGGCUCCCACGUACGCCGCCGUAUACACCUGCUCGGGUCACUAAACGCAGGCUGGAGCGCAGUGACUCACCGGCAUCAACCGUGGGAUCAAUUCACCCCGCCGAGACGAGCAGUCCAGCAAAGAAGGCCGCUAAGCGAGCCGCGACCGAUGAGAUCCAAGUGGAGGAACUUGCAGAGGGCGAUAUGGGCUACAUGACGGACAUCGACGUGGUCUAUCCUGAGGAGCUUGAGGAGAUCAGCAGCAGUGGUAGCGAUGAGGAGCAAGAUGCGACUGAUAUCAGCGAAAAUGAGGCAUCGCAUCUCACUCGCAAGUUGUCGCGGCUACGUUGUGGCGAUGACCAGGAAGUUGACUUCGAACAACGCCGUCGACAGAGGCACAUCGAAAAGCGUGCCGGUACUCGCAUCUUCAAGCGCACGCACAGCCAGAGCGUGAAGAGCGAGACCGAUGUGACCGAUGCGGAUGCCUUGGAUGACCACGACCUCGGCUCGACACAACGACGUCUGCGAAGGAGAGUUCGAGGUCCAAGAGAAGCCGGCGUCGCUUUUGAGGACCGUCUACGCAGUUCGCCAGAAGUCAGUAACGCCAGUGCGGCCACAGAUGGGUACUAUCCUCAGCGCAACGCAACGACUAUGGCAGAGAGCGACGGCAUGGAUAUCGAUGAUGCGAAGUGA